UGGUGGUUCAGUGGUGGAGUUCUCGCCUGCCACGUGGGAGGCCGGGGUUCGGUUCCCAGCUGAGGUGUAAAGAGUAGUUAUAUAUGUCUGAGUUUUUGGUUUUAAUUAAACUAAUUGUUUUGCAGAGAAAGUUAUAGUCACUAGUAUUGGUAUAAGAUAUAAACUGAACGUUUUAAAUAGUUUGUUUGGUUCAAAUUGAAAGACUAAUUCAUUCAACUUAAUAUAAGAACGGAGAUUUUGAUGCAAGGCGAUGUCUGUUCACUAAAUGAUUUGUUGGGAAUAAUACAUUGGGAAAAGAGUCGUAAUUAAAAAUGCUAAUUCAAAGACGAGACAGUAACUUAAAUCAAAUUAAUUCUGAAUAAUAACGGGGGAACAAUUACGAUAGAUUUGUGUCCAUCGAAAUGUUUUUAUAAGAUUAGCGAAUUGAGAGAUGUUGAUUGAUGUUGUAAACUCUAAUUCAGGAUUCAACAGAUGUGAUAAAUUAGGUUUGGUUUAUCGAACCCGAAAUACUGUUGUUGCAGACAGCCAACCAUUAUUUACAAUGAGUUGAAAAUCGUUGCGAAAUGAGUCAAGAUUGAGCGCUUGUUGAUGACAUCACUUGCGAGGUUUCCGUCGCCACGGAAAUAAUGUCUUGACUGGGGGUGACAGAGAAAAUGGUUAGUGUCCUUUAGAGAAGGUGAGGGCGUUAAUGUUGAGUCACUUUUCAGAAGAUGAUAAACAUUUCGAAAUACAUUUUUAAAAAAGGAGUAUGUAAAUCGUCAUGAAAGAUGCUAAAAAACUAGCAGCUGAUUCGCUGGGUGGGUAUCAUUGAUUUGUGGCGUUUAUUUGGACUGUAAUUGUGCCGUGAGAGAGAGGGAUUGGAUGUCUGAGUCAUAAAACAUCGCGAUGGUGGAUUCUGAUGGUUGUUGAUUCUUGGUUUGAUCGUUUGAAUAGCACCAGUGAAUUUGAGCACUGUUUCCAUUAUGUGGAACGGUGUCAGGGUAUUAAUGAUGAAAAGCAACCUCUAUGGUAAAACAUAAUUGUACAUGUUUCGGUAAACUAGCGAGGUUGAAUUUGGUUAUUUGAACAUUUCCCUUGAUACGUAGACAUACGUAACAGGGGCAAGUUGUUUUUCCUUGAGGAACACGCAGAUGGUGUUUUGUUUUAUUGAGAUGUAAAUGUGAGUUGAAGGAGCCAAGGGAAAAUACGUUAUUUUGAUUAAAUAUCUGGGAUUAUAAUCAUGGGGAGAAUGAGGCCAUAAACGACCAAAUUGGAAAGGCCUGGAAGUUUUGAUUAAUCAUUAAGGUUUGCAAAUAUAUACACAUAAAACAUUUGUUAGGACUAUUUGUUUUGGUGCAAAGGUAUUUUAAAGAGACACGCUCAAAUAUGGAACUUUAUGAGUUUUAAAUUACACAAGUGAAUUUGGAUUUUAAGGAUAAAGGGUUCUUUGAUAUGUCUAAUGUAGUAUAGAACUUGACUAUAAAAGGGUGGGUUGACUCAUGGACCUUAUCAUGACUGUCUUCUAAGGUCUGAUCAGCCUUGGGGGAGAGUCAUUGGUAUAAUGAAUGUGGUCAUAUUGAGAUACUAGUUUUAAGGUAAAUUCAUUAUAAAGGAGUUUAGGUUAGGAGGUUAGGAUAGGAGAUAUAUUAAGCCAAUAGGGCAGGGAAUUACAUAGAAAAAUAAGUUUCAGUUCUUAGGGGUGAUAAAUUACUGUAGAUAAGGAAUUCUGCACUCUGCAACAUAUAUUAAAUUCAUGUUAUUGUCAGAUAGAAUACUGAGGGUCCUUGAAGGAAGGAUUUUGAUAUGAUAAGCAUUUGUUUAGAUUUUUUUUUGACCAUUAGGGGUUUAAAAAAAAUAUAUAGUAUUAAAAUUAACAGGUAUAUAGGACAUCUGUGAUGAUUUAGGAUUAUUGUUAGGUUGAUUAAGGAAAUGUAAGGACUUUAGAGAUUGACACUCAUAGACAUGAUUUUAGAUAAAGUCAAACAGUUAGAAGCUUAGUGGUAUUUGAGAAAUAUGAGAGAAAGGGUUUAAAUUGGUAAAUAUAUAUUUAAGAAAAUAUAUAACCAGCGCAGAUAGUUCUUAAGUAGAUAAGAAACUUGACAGGGAAUUGGUACUGGAUUGACGCCCAAGGGAGAAUUGGACAUGUGGAAAACUAAAAGGGGCUCCUUCAUGAUGAUGUCAGACAUAAGGAUAAUAUACUAAUCUUACCUAAGUCAUUAUUUAGAGUAGGUAAGGUUGAUACCUGGGCAGAGUCAGGUAUCAAAAGGGGGAUGGGUAAAUUGUGGUCUAGGAUAGGAUGGGGCUUAUUGGAUAAGAAACUAAUAAAAAAAAAAAUAUGUAAGCUAACAAUUGGGAAUAGAAGUUAAAGAUAAAAUCAGAUAAAACAUAUGAGAAAUUGUUUGUUAACCAAGCCUGUAUGUCCAGGAUUUUAUGCAUUACAGGUGAACUACAGGUGAAGUCACUCAAUCCAGUCCCCAGAGGCUUGGGGACCAUAGAAGACCCCUGGUGACAGCUAGCUGAAAGAGCUACCCAGAUUAAUAUCGCACGGCAGAAGGGUAAGACACUUUUUUCACUGUCGGACAAUAAACAGUGUUCGGGAGAAGAACUGGAAUUAACAGAAUUCCGGGGGCCAACUCUCGAAUGAAGCAACCCUACCUGUCCUAUCACCCCUGUUUUUGUUCAUAGAAGUGAAGAUGUGUCUGGCUCUGGCUAAGCGAUGUGUAUUUUGUUCCAAAAUAAGCAUAAGAGAUCCCUAGAUCUGGGUAGACAAGAAGUUAGAGUAGAGAUUACAUGAUAACCGACUUCGGACAGUUCUAGGAUUGGAGAAGAGGGUAUCCUUAUAGCAUGGGGGAUCCCACAAGGGUGGAUAGGUUUUCCAUGAUAUGGGGAAACCUGGGAGCAAUGUUGAACUUUGUAAAGGUGAUGAAAUCCUACUAACCAUCAAAACUAUUAAGCUCUCUGAUGCAGGCACUCACACCCUCGGACUACAAAGGACGAGGACAGACAUGAUGGGUGUGUUUUCUAUUAAGGUACUGCCAAGACCAGAGGUAGCUGGACACACUCCUCUACCACCACUGUGUUAAAAAUACCAUUCAGGUAAUUAAUGUUAGAGACUAUUCGGCUAUGGAUCAAUUAGAAACUGAGACUGGUUUUGAUAGUAGGGACAAUUUGUGGCUGUCUUAUAUGAGGUACACAGCUAAAACCCUGAGAAGAAAGGACUGUAUUAUUUGUAGUUAUGCUAGACCUGUUCUGGCUACACACCCAUUUGCAGUAGGAGAAGGAGAGGGGUGGUUGUGUAUUCUGAGAAGUUUUUACCAGGUUAAGCCCAAUUCAACCCUCUGUUCCUCUUUGAGCCUUGUGUUUCCUGCAGUACCUCCUCAUCGGGCCUCUUGGGGUGUUGAGGCAUAUGGGGGCAAUUACGAGUGCAUCACGGGUACAGGUAAUGGUAUUGAUUAUGGGAGAUUGCCUGAAGCUGAUUGCAGGAGUAACAUAACCAUUAAUUCCACUUGGCCAGUUACAGGCCUAAACCAAACUAGUGGUCUGGCUGAUGUAUGUUGGAUGAGUGGAGCAAAAAGAGUGCUGAGACCCAUUCUUAGAGGAGAAUGGCAAGGUACGUGUGGUCUGACCAGUUUGAUAAUUCCACUGACCAUUGUUGAUGUUGUUGCUGAACAGCUGCUGAGUUCUGUAACCAGGGGACCUGAAAACAUUCCAUCCCAUGGGAGACAUAGAUGUAGUAGUGCUCCAUGGAGAGGAUGUAGUUGACAUACACACUAACCUGUUGGGUGUGCCAGUGGGGGUUCCUCAUGAGUUUCAGGCCUUGGGUAGGAAUGAUGGACUCUGGCACUUACUACCUACUAUGGGUCCAGCCAUGGUGGAUGCUAGACAGACUGCAUGGAUUAAUUAUAUCUACUAUAAUCAACAGCGUUUUGUGAAUUACUCCCGUGAUGCACUCACUAGUAUGUCUGAACAGCUUGAGGCCACAUUUGGGGUUUCCAGACAGAAUAGACUUGCCUUGAAUAUGCUUCUUGCCAGUCAGGGGGACGUCUGCAAGAUGUUCGGUAAACAAUGUUGCACAUAUAUUAUAUUCCUAAUAAUACCAGUUCAGAUGAUAGUUUUUAAACUUCACAAUCUAAGGCGGGCUUGAUGCACUGUCUGCUAAGAUGAGGUCCACGGGGGGGUGGAGGAGUCUGUUCUCUUGGCCUGGUUUGGUAAGUGCACUGGUAUGAUGGUUACUGGAUUUCUGACCCUAAUUCUUGUAUUAUUUGUUAUUGAUGUGAUGUGCUGCUUGCAUCAUACCGUGUUUUGAGAAGUCUGUUACAGAUGUGGUGAGGGCUUCAGGCAUAUGCCUUUGCUUGAUGCUCCAGUUGGCGAUGCUGAUACGGACGCAUGCUUUCAGGGGAAGAUGGGACUGACUGAUGAUGACACAUGGUUUGGAGUUCCUGGGUGGCAAGGAGCCCACCUGGUACAGGAUAGGAGUAGCUGAGAGGACCAGAUGGUUUCUAAUAAUUCUUUACUCUGUUUUCCAUGACCAAAGUUUUAUCCUACAUCUUACAUGUCAAUAACAAUAAAGUUUUAUCCUGUUUUUGAUGAGUGACACCCUUGGGGGGAACAAAGGCAUACAACAAAGGCAUAUAUAACUUGUUAUUAGUAAUAAACUUUUUAUUAUUUUCAUGAAAUGCUAUGACUGCUGAAAUAAAGGAUAAUUGAGUGACACCCUAGCAGGAGUCAAAAGGGGGACCUAAAUUUCACACUAUUUUCUUUUGUUCUGUUUUUGAAUGAGCUGUUCUCUUUUGACAUGAAGGUAGUUUAAACUUUGUAACUGUUAUAUGAUUCAUUGCUGAGUUUUUGUUCACACCCUUGGGGUUAUUUUACAUUAUAGCCAUUACCAUAUAUAUGAUUGAAUAUUAUCUGCUGUUGCCUUGUGUGGAUGUAUGUAUGUGUUAUGCUACCUAGCUGAUUUGAAACAUUGUUAAAAGUAUCAGGGCCAUGGAACUUUCUCAUGCUGGAAAAAUACAGAAGGAAGGGCACAUUCAGAGCGUGGGGUUGCGAGAACAAGCGGUCUUUUUGGUUAGAUAACAGGAGCCAGGUGCGAGAUAACGGUAUGGAGCAUGAGACCCAUCUCAGUUUUUGCAGCAAUUUUAGGAGGGGGAUCCAAUUGCUUUUAUUGAUUAAGCUUCUCCAUUGUAUGGCGUGUCCCAUCUGGGAUGGGAAGAGGGGGAAAUUAUUUUUCUUUGUGGGCCAUUUCCGGAUAGACAUACCUAGUUUAGGAUAUUUUUCCUUUUUGGAUUAUGUCUUCGUUUUUGCUUGGAGUAAUGUAUCUGGACUAUAUCACAUCUCUUAGGAGAUGUGAAGAGAGGUAUCACAACUUUUUCCUGCUGGAAAAAGCUGGCUAAUGUGGACAAUAAUUUUUACUUUUAUUUUGAGCUGUUCUCCGCUCUGUUAAAUGAGGGUUGUAAGUUCCUAGGUGGCUGGUAGCCAACUUAGUACAUAGUGGGAUUGAAUGGAGAACAUGAUGGUAAUACAUAAAUGUCUAUUUCUGUUUAAUACCGUGCCUUAUUUCAUAGUCCUUUUGGGAGAAGUUUCUCUUUGUGUCUGGACCUAGUUAGGUUGUGUCACGUCUCUGGUGAGACGUGAAGAGAGGGUUUUGUAAAGAAUUGCUAUUAUGCAGGAGACCAAUCUACUGCUAAAUACGUGGCUAUUGCAUUGUUAUAACUGAGACAACACAUAGCAACGUAUUUUCACAGUAAAGCCUGUGGGGUCCCCUACAGGAUAGCUCCCACAUUACACAUAAUCUCCCUUUUAAACGAACACUGUGUGCCCGAAGAAGAUUCUACGAUGACGGACAGACAACUGAGCCAAUGGCAGAAGACUACAGACUACAACCAGCUGAACCAAUCCGGAGAUCCGAUCUUCCUAGAGUCAACCUACUUUCUGUGACGUAUAUAAGGGCUGUGCUGACUGUUUACGCUCUCUGCCUGCUGUUCCAACACGAACUAACGGAAGAGCCGUAUUUACGUGUACCAGAUAUUCUCCCUCUGAAAUAAACUGUCGCUUGUCGUACAAUUUUAACACCUGGGGCCUGUUGCACAAAAGUAGAAUUAAGACAUCCGGGAUAAAUGACUCAGCUGAGCUCAAUGAAGCCAAAACAUGUGCGUCCAGGCUUAAUUGGUUGCACAAUGACCAAGCCAGGAUGAGCAGACACGGAUUCAUUAAGCCAGGUGAAACCAAUCCUGGAUAGGUGCGCGCUCACGGCUCACUCAAAUAGACCCCGCCACAGAUUAACUGAUUUACCAUGGCAACUAGAGCCGCGUACUUUUCCCCGUCGGAAGCACAAAUCCUCAUGGAGGCAUACGAGGAGGUAAAAUAUAUAAUUAAGAAGAAAGGCAACACCGCCACAGUGAUAAAGCAAAGAGAAAAAGCGUGGCAAAGUAUUGCAGACCGCCUGAAUGCAUUAAACAUGAACGGGCCAAAACGGACAUGGCAGCAGGUCAAAAUCAAAUACAAGAACAUUCUGCAGAAUGCAGUGAAAAAGAAUACCCACAGACAAGGCACGGGUGGUGGGUCACCAAAGGCUGACCUUACCCCAGCAGAGGACAUGGCCUUGGAGCUAAAUAAAGGCAGGCCCGUCUUAGAGGGGAUCCCUGGGGGGAAAGAGACGAGCAUAGGUUCCUCCCAAGAUGCCACCCGCUUCAUUCAAGUGCCUGGCAGCACUGUGUUCCUGUUAGAGCCACCAGCACAAGCACCAGACGAUGCUGAUCCAGGUGAAGGCCCCAGUGCAGCAGCAACAGCACAUGAUGGAGACGAUGAUGAGGAGGAGACCAUCUCUCUGGAUUCCAGAAGGCAUGAGGACCCAGAUGCUAUACAGUGGGAAAACCAGCCUGGCAACAUAAGCUCACAAGCUAUCAGAAAGUUGUAUGGCAACCACCUCCGGCGCCAAAUAGAACUGGCAGACAUAGACAUUCAGUACAAGAAGAAAAAGAUGGAAAAUCUUGCACUGGAGUCCGAAAUAAAAAGAGGACAAUUAUGAAACUGGACCUUGAAAUAAAAAAACUUGAGAGGGAGCUCCAAGAAGAUGACACAGCUCAAAAUAAAAAUUUGGUAUAUUCUCGUAAAGUCAAGUGAGCCAUGACAUAUGAGCUCUUAUUGUGAGCACACAGGACGGUGGCAUCUUUCUAAGGUUUUUUUUAUUUUCCCAGCAAUCAGUACAACCAAGUCAUCGUUAUAAGGCAUCGCCCUCUUUUGCCCACCCCCCCAGCACCAGGUGUGGCCACUAGCCUAUAUGAAGGCCCAAAAUUGUGUGUUCCUUUCUGCUCUGACAAUUGCAUGCCCAUUCGUGCGAGAUGUGGUGGAUGAAGAAGCACUUGUGCUGAGGAGAGCCUUCAGGCGAGAAAGGGUCUUCAGGGACCGGUUGGACCCACUGGCCUUCCCUGAUGACCAUCUAUAUGAAAGAUACAGGUUUUCUGCAGAUGGCAUCAGGUAUCUAUGCAGACUACUGGGUCCCAGGAUUAAGCACCGCACUGCACGGAGCCAUGCACUGAGUGUGGAGCAAAUGGUUUGUGUGGCCUUGCGCUUUUUUCUAGUGGAGCCUUCCUGUACUCAGUGGGGGAUGCAGAACAGCUGAACAAGGCCACAAUUUGCCGCACAAUAAGGAGUGUGUGUCUGGCUAUCAAAGCAUUAGCAGAUGUCUUCAUCUCCUUCCCUGGCCACAGAAGACUCUGUGACAUCAAAGAGGAGUUCUAUAGGAUUGCAGAUGGUCUGCAAUGCUGACUGUGUGAUCAGCAAUGUUGUGGCAAAAUGGCCUGGCUCAGUCCAUGACUCCAGAAUCUUUCGGGCCUCUGAAAUCUAUCAGUGCCUAUCACAAGGUGAAUUCUCUGGUGUGUUGCUGGGAGACAGGGGUAUGGCUGCCAGCCUUUUCUCCUGACACCUUUCACAGACCCCCAGGAAGCACAGCAGGCCUACAACCAUGCCCAUGCCAGGACCAGGGCCAGAGUUGAAAUGACCUUUGGCCUCCUGAAGGCACGCUUUCACUGCCUUCACAAAUUAAGGGUCAGCCCUGUUAGGGCAUGUGAUAUUACUGUGGCUUGUGCUGUCCUCCACAAUGUGGCCUGCCUGAGGAAGGAGAGGGCCCCCAGAGUGCCACCAGCCAUGGACUGGGACAAUCCGGCAAUCUUCCCUGAUGACGACAGUGGUCGGCUGCUGAGGGACCAAUAUGUGUUGAAUUAUUUUAGUUAGUAUGUGUGCUUUCAAUUUUGGUUAAAUAUGUCCUGCGGUGGCAGAGGAAUUUGGUUUUUUUUGGGUUCGUUUUUUGACGAAUUUGGCCUCUUAUGAUGUUUGUGCGGUAUACUGUGUAUAAUACAAGGCUGCAGGGAGGCUACUGCAUCCAUUCAUUUGUCUGUUCAGUUGAUGUGUAUGGAUUUGUCCUGCAUUUAUUUUAUUUUAUAUCAUUUUGUAUAAUAUGCUUGGAUUCUGUGCUUUCCAUCUUGUAGAGUCACUGACUUCAGUUUCGAAAGGAGCUGAUGGUUUACCUGCUUUGUUUUGUCCUUAUUCAAUAAAGGAACAUAAUGUUACACAUUGUGUUUUUAUAUUCA